GAGCAGCAGGCAGCUCCGCGCUCGCACUCCGUCUCAGCCACCCCACCGCGCUCGUGUCUUUGCUCCCGACGCUGCCUAAGGGCCCCUCGCCACUGCCACCAUGGACGCCAUCAAGAAGAAGAUGCAGAUGCUGAAGCUCGACAAAGAGAACGCCUUGGAUCGAGCCGAGCAGGCGGAGGCUGACAAGAAGGCGGCAGAAGAUCGGAGCAAGCAGCUCGAGGAGGACAUCGCAGCGAAAGAGAAGCUGCUGCGGGCGUCGGAGGACGAGCGGGACCGGGUGCUAGAGGAGCUGCACAAGGCGGAGGACAGCCUCCUGGCUGCAGACGAGACCGCCGCCAAGCUGGAAGAUGAGCUGGUGUCACUGCAAAAGAAACUCAAGGGCACUGAAGAUGAACUGGACAAAUACUCUGAGGCUCUCAAAGAUGCCCAGGAGAAGCUGGAGCUGGCGGAGAAAAAGGCCACAGAUGCUGAAGCCGAUGUAGCUUCUCUGAAUAGACGCAUCCAGCUGGUUGAGGAGGAGUUGGAUCGUGCUCAGGAGCGUCUGGCCACAGCUCUGCAGAAGUUGGAGGAAGCUGAGAAGGCCGCAGAUGAGAGUGAGAGAGGCAUGAAAGUCAUUGAAAGCCGAGCCCAAAAGGAUGAAGAAAAGAUGGAAAUUCAGGAGAUCCAGCUGAAAGAGGCCAAGCACAUUGCUGAAGAUGCUGACCGCAAAUAUGAAGAGGUGGCCCGUAAGCUGGUCAUCAUUGAAAGUGACCUGGAACGUGCAGAGGAGCGGGCUGAGCUCUCAGAAGGCAAAUGUGCCGAGCUUGAAGAAGAGUUGAAAACGGUGACGAACAACUUGAAGUCACUGGAGGCUCAGGCUGAGAAGUACUCGCAGAAGGAAGACAAGUACGAGGAGGAGAUCAAGGUCCUUUCCGACAAGCUGAAGGAGGCUGAGACCCGGGCUGAGUUUGCUGAGAGAUCAGUAACUAAAUUGGAGAAGAGCAUCGAUGACUUAGAAGAGAAAGUGGCUCAUGCCAAAGAAGAGAACCUUAGUAUGCACCAGAUGCUGGACCAGACCUUACUGGAGCUAAACAACAUGUGAGAGCCUCCUUAGCCGCGGCCACACCCCUUCAUUCCCCUGUCAUUGUUUUCUUUCAUUUUCAAACACCCGCUUACCAGGAAACUCCUUUGACGCGUUUUUAUAUACUUUUAACCACUGUCACCAAAACAUCUGCAAAGAGCCAACUAGGGCAGGGGGUGGGGAAAGACACACAGAAAGGCAAGCCCAGGUUGGGGCCCUUAUCACUUAAACGUGCCAUUUCCCAGGAUGAUCUUGCCACACUUCUUAGCGUUUUAGGCAUGCGGUUUGCUUAGCCAGGGUAGGAAGCCUCACGGAACCAGAAAGAUUUCCAGUCAGAGUGCCAAGGUAGAGUCACCAAGAAGACUGAUGUUGGAGACAAUCGGGUGCGGAUUGGUGCUACUUUAAGCAAAAGGACCCCUGAGGGUCUUUUGUUCAAUAUUAUACAAUUUAGACCUCCGUCCAACACUAAUUUAUUUUCAGUUUUACUGCAAGACAAGACUAUGGUUUCUUAUGCCUGUCUUCAUAAAAGUCAAGGGUCUGGAAGCCACACUGGUCUUUUAAGAGUCCCUUUCCUUCCCAACUGACACACCUGCAGCCCCUUCCAGCUCAGCAGGGAGAGCAUUCCAUGGGGAUUGCCCCUCUUUGCAGUUCUCCAUGUCAGGGUGAGAGAUCUAGGCACUACGUACAUAAUUGGUAAAGAAACGGCAUUUUCUUAAGAGUUAUAACUAUAUGUAAACAUUGUAUAAUGAUACGGAAUAAAAUGCACAUUGUAGGACAUUUUCUAAA